UAGCCUACUGUAGGUUGAUGACACAUCUUGGUCUGCAGCGAGCCGCCUAGUAAACGUUAAUUCACCUGGAUUUAUAUAUAUAUUUAAAUAUAAGUUUGCCAUUGGGCUACAGCGCUUAAGGAUCUAGCCAUGGGUAAUUGUUUUUCUGCUAGACAGAGGCAUGCCCAUCCUUAAGAACCUCCCCACUCGGCUAAAAGCAGGCAGGCGGGCGAGUGCAGAGGCUGAGCUGGGCAGCACAUGUGGUGAGGUAAUACUGCACAACAUGAGCCUGAAUCCCAACCCCUUUGAGAAGCAGGCAUCUGAGCCGGGCUGGCAACCAGGUCGCCACGACUCCCUCCUAGAAGGUGGGGUGCCCCAGGACCGCAACCCUUUUGAUGAUGAGGAGGAUGAGAAUGAAGCUAAUGAGGUGCGACAUGGAGGAUCAGGGAAGGGCUCUAUCAAGGGAACAUUGGAUCGUAUCCGUGGAGUGUCUCCACUCAAAACCCUGGGCAAGCUAGGGAAGGGCUUGCGUGUAUCAGUCAAGAAAGGCAGUGCCACACCAUCCCCUCAAGGUUCCAUUGGAAACCCCUCCCCAGUAGAGAGAAAGAAGAAAGGCCGGAGGAGCUCAGAAGGCAGCCUGCUUCGCAUUGCAGGGAGAUGUCGAGAGAGUUUGCGCAAAGAAAGCCUGCCGUCUGGAGAUCUCUCCUGCGACAGUGAUGCUGACCAGAGCAGCCGGCGCCUCUCCUUCCUGAAGCUUGUUGGUCGAAAUAAGCACAAGAGGGAGUCAGGUGUGGACCAGUCAUCCUCCCAAGGGCCCGAAGAGGGGCCUGUGGAGGAGUUCCCUGAAGUGAAGGCCAGGGAACCCCUGUCAGUGCUGGAGAUUCUGCAGUUGGUGACCAAGAGGGAUCUGUUUCUAGCUGACACACACAUCCUGGAGCUGGAGCAGGAAUGUGCAGAUCUGGCCGCCUCCACUGUUAUUCCCCCGUCAGCAGGGGGCGCUGUGCCAGAAGACGUGGCUUCCCCUGGGUCUAAGGACAGUGGGAGGCGCAAGGCCAAGGAUGUGGAGCUCCUGUAUGAGGCGCUGAAGAAGGAGAUGUGGGAAGUCGUUCGGCAGGCCCUGCAUGCUCCCACUGCUGGACCCAAUUUGGGGCUGGUGGUGCAGGUUCUCCAGCAGGAGGAGCAGGCAGACCAUACCUGGGCAAGGGGAGAGAGUGCUGCUAUUGGAGGGCCACGACCACGGCAAAUGAAGAAUCAGUGGAGGGAAGCUGUGGCUGAGGCAGCUGAUGGCUGCUUGCCUCAGGCAGGGGAGGUGCAGUGGGGGGAGCUUUGUGUCUACUUAGACAAAAUUAAGACCUGUAUGUUAGAAGACCUCAAGGCUGCUUGGCUCAACGUAGUGCCAGUUUAUCCCAAGGAGUAUGAUGCAUUCCAAGUAUAUGUGCAGAGCUACCACCAGGCAGUAUCCCUUCGUUUACAAAGCAUUGUGGAUAGCCAACUGCACAUUAAAGACAUCUACUCUCUACUUGACUGGAUCUACAACAUUUACAACAGGGAUGUUCUAGGAAUAGUCAACACAAUGACUGCCAUCAGCCACUGGAAGCUAGCAGGGCUGUUGCCCUCUGAGGCAACUGACAAACUUGAGCUGGACUGUCUGAACUCAGUCAGGGGAAAAGUGACCAAUGAGCUUUCCCGUUUGCUGGAUGAGGAUGAGAAGAGUUGGAAGGAAUGUUUAAACUCAGAGGACUGCCAGAUCUCCUUAGCUGAUACUGUCACUCAAAUGUUGCAGGAAGACCUUGACAGAUCUGCUGCAAUAAGCAAAGAGCUCGGUGCUCGUGUUUCCCAGUGCAGUCUAAAUGGGUUGGCAGACUUCCUGUACAGCUUCCAGCGGAAAGUUGAAAUGUUCCUUGAACCUCUUGUGAGGGAAUUUGAAGAAGAUGGAAAUGGAUACAUUUCUACAAUCAUUGCUCUGGUCAACUGUUGUCCGACUUUCAGGGGAUUUGUGCAACAGUGUCAGCGUUGUGAAUCUGCUGCUAGUGCCGACUCUGCUCACAGAGCCAAUGCUUCCCUGGAUAGAGUCGUGAAUCUUGGAGUGAGACUUUUAAGUGACAGACUUUUUGAACAUAUUAGGCCCUUCUUCGACAAACUGGUGAAAAGGAAGUGGCUGAAUAAUCCAAGUGUGUUUGAGCCAAUAGAGACGAGUAUCAGAGAGCACUUCAGGGGCUUCAACAAGAUGGCCAGUCCACCUUACCAGCUCCUUGUGGCUGAUGUGCACAGGCAAGUGAUGCUAGAGUAUCUUCGUGCUCUUAUGCGUGGAAGGAUCAUCUGCACAUCACAGAAGAUGAGGCAUAAGAUGGCAGGUCGACUGCGUGAUGAAGGAAAACAACUUAAAAUGGUCUUUGAAGAUAUGGAAUCACCGUCGUCAUGGCUUGAUAAUGCCAUUCCUCACUUAUCAGAGAUCAUCCUGUUAGAAGAUACACCUUCCAUCCAGAUGGAAGUAGGCAUCCUGGUGCGUGAAUUCCCUGAUAUGCGGAAGAAGCACGUCUCUGCCCUGCUGAACAUCCGUGGGAUGACUCGACACAUGGAGAGGCAGGAGAUACUGAACAUUGUGAAGGACAUAGAGAUGUGUGAGAGCUUAGCUCAGCUGCCCCGAGACCAUGCCCUCUUCUCAGAGGUCCCUGUUACGUCAGAGGUGCGCUGCCUCAACUUGGCCUUCAGUCGUAUCGCCUUGGCAACAUCUUCAUGCUUCUCAAGCCUCAGGGUGCAGCGCAAGAGGCCAUCCCCUCGUGAGCCACAGGAUGACAUGUUGUAAUCCUCAGAUUUGUUAUAAAUCAUAAAUGAUUUAACUGGGGAGAUUAAUUGGAACUAUUGUGACAGGUGAUUUGUUGUUUGUGUGCUUCCUCCCACAUCUCUGUAUUCCCGUUGCUGUAUGGGAUCAAAGCUGGCAAUGCUGGAUAAUCAACUGGCAGUUGGAAGACAUGAAAUUGUUUUAAUCGGUAAUUGAUAGAGAAAGUCAUCUAAAUAUGUAAAACCAAUCAGAAACGUCAAAUAACAAUAUGAAGGCACUGAAAUUAAGCACUCCAUUUGAUCAAAGAGUGAUGUCAAUGAUUUUGUAGAUGUAUGCAAAUGAUUAAAGCUUAAUCAAAGGUACUGUGUUGUGGUAGAGACCUAAGCAAUAUAGAAAAUAAUCAUAUUAUAUGUAAGAACUAUUCGAUUACACAUAUUUAAAUGGAAAUAUAGAGUAUUUUUGAGCAAUCAUGUCUGAUUGGAUUAAAACAACCUAUUUAUAUGAACAAAUUGAUAUUAUUUAUUGUCAGUCUGAGAUUUGGUGACUUGGGAUAUAUGCAUUUGGUUAUAUUUGUUGUAUGUUUGUUAAAAAUGACUACCCGGUAAUAUUUCAGCACACAUUUAAGAAAUAUCCUUUAUGGGCUAUAAUGUGAAUUCAUUCAUCAAGUUGUUGAUUUUUUGUCCAUCAAAUCAUUAAAUCCAUCAUUUAAAUGGGAUGACAGAGGUUACACUCAUCACAGUUGAAACAUAAUGGACAGAGUAUUUGGAUUUGAAAAAAUGCUGGCAAAAGAGAGCAACAAUGUAACAAAAAAAUUAAAAACAUGGAAUGAU